UAAAAACGUGUCAUUCAGACGAGAGGGAACUGUGGGAACUGAAGAUGGUGAGGUUGGACCUGGGAAAUGUAGUCCUGCGUCGUAUGAAGGAGGAGGACAUAGAGGCCGUGAAAGCCCUCAUUAAGGAGGGUUGUGAGGGGUCAGAAAACAGAUUGAUUCUUCACCUCCUCACGCGUCCCCUUGCGCUCCUCAUGCUGGCCACCAUGUCCUCCGUCCUCCGCUGCGUCCUUCACUCCUUCAUCAUGGCUCUCGUCAUCCCCGUCUUCCUCCUCAUCGUCUACCUCAAGCUCACCAUCCCCCGUCGCACAGGGAUACUGGGAUCCAGUCGGCCGUACUGGGACUACGUGGGCAGCAGCUUCCAAGCGGAGGGAGACGCCAGCCUCCAGAACCCGCACGCGGCCCGGGCCAAACUGGUCACGGCCCAGGAGAAGGCCCGACGCCGCAAAAAAACGAAAGACAAAGAGAAGGAAAAAGAGGAGAAGGCAAAAGAGAAGGAGACAGUGGACGAGGAGGAGCUGAAGGAGCGGUCCAGGGUGGCGGGGGAGGUGUGGGUGGCAGACUACGACGGGGAGAUCGCGGGCAGCAUCGCCCGUGACGGGUGGAGCAGGGAAGGGGUUUGCCGGCUGUGCAGGGUGGUGGUUCAGAGCUGGUACCGGAGAGAGGGUCUGGGCCGGCUACUGGUCCAAAGCCUGGAGGAGCGAGAGAGGCAGAGAGGCACCGCCAGGGUGUACGCUCACGUCCCCUUCCCUUCCAAAGUCGGGGAGGCGUUUUUCCGGAAACUGGGCUACCGCUUGCAGGGCGAGACGGCGGACGGGGAGGAGGAAGAGGAGGACGACGAAGAUUACGAGGAGUCGGAGAAAGGUUGGCUGGGGUUUGCCAUCAGUAAAGUGUUUGUGAAGAAACUGUGAGAGCGGAGAAUGGAGAAGCCAGCGGAAAAACACAGGAGGAGCUACCGCCACCUCCUCCUCCUC